CAGAUAGAAGUUAUUCUAUUAUCGAUCCAAUAUGGGAAACUUUAGAUCCGAAUCCAGACCCACAGAUCUUAUAUAAUCAAUUCAACAAAAUCAUUUUUGGAGGCACUUUGCCUACGGUUGAUGUCAAAUGGAGCAACAGGAUGACUCGAUCAACUGGUGUGUGUUAUCAUUCACUGAAUAAGAGUGGGGAUUGCAUAGGAUGUCGAAUACGCCUAAGCAAGAAGAUUUUAGAAUUGCGUCGAAGAAAGGACAUGGUGGAAUCCCUCCUUCACGAGAUGAUCCAUGUCUUACUGUGUUCCACAAAUAAUAUGGAUCCAGGUGAUGAUCAUGGGCCAAAUUUCCGACUUACUAUGGAGGUCUUUAAUAAUUCAUUUGGCACUAAUAUAACGAUUUCCCAUACAUUUUACGAAGAAGUCGAAGCAAUAAAGAGGCAUUGGUGGGAAUGCGAUGGGCCCUGCCAAAAUGUAGUUAAAAGGGCAACUAACAGAGCCCCUUCCUCCAAGGAACGCUGGUUCCGAGAGCAUGAGCAGACAUGUGGAGGAAGUUUCAUAAAGACCUCUGAGCCUGAGGGUCGGGCACGAAAGCGGAGAAGAACCUAGACUGUAUCAUCCCUAUGGGAAUGCUAAGUCAUACUGAAUAGCCGAGGUUUAGAGCCUGGCCUCAUUCAAAUGGACUGUCCGUUUUAUCAGCUGUAUAUGGUUGGGUAAGUCAUUUCUAGUUGCAUCACCAGUUUAUUGAAUUUCAAUACAUUUCAAUUCAAUUUAUUGUAUUUUUAUUGAUUAUGCUUCUCUUAUUAGGUCACCAGAGCUUUACUGCUAUUCUCCAAAAAGAGACCCAGCAUGGACAACAUUUUCCAACCUUCCAAGUAAUGGGUUUUUUAAUCUGGACACAUUUUUUUCCCAUUGUAUUAAAAUUUACAGCUGCACUGUAUUAUCUAUUACUAUGAUCCUUUAUUUAUAUAGCACUGAAAUAUUCAGCAGGGCUUUACAGAGA